CUAGAAUAAUUCAUUUUUGAAUUUACCACUAUAACUCAAUUUUGAGUACCAAGCAUGAAAAAAACAACACCAUUAUUUGACACGAGUGAAAAAGCGGCACCAUGAUUGGCGAUCAACAUUAGGCCUAUUUAAUCGAAACGUGUAAUGCAUGUGCGCCACCUGGUUAAUUUUCGAAGAACUAACUAAAAAGUGUCAUAGACUUGUUUUCUUGCUGUUGUGCAUUUGACCGGGUGUUUUUUUUCGAUUUUUAUUGAGUUUUACGGUCGGUGAUUUGCUUUAACAUGAAGUCAUCGGAAAGUAAACGAAUUUUCCAUUCUACUGCUCAUUGCGGUUAUGUUUAUCUUUGCAGGAGAAAUCGUGGUGACAAAAGCGGUGAACAUUACAUUAGGGGAUAUUUUGGACUACAUAGGAGAUUCCAUUAGGCCGCUUCGAGAAGGGCAAUCUGUUUUUGAAUCAGGUCAUGUUGUGUGCAUCGGUUAUACAAAUGAAAGUGAUUCCAUGAUUGAUAUUUGUGGAUUUGUGCUCCAAAGUUCCCACCCAGGAGACGUUCCUCAUGAAGUUAAACUGCAUAUUGGCUACGAUUUCCGUCAUUGGAUUCUUCGAUGUGUAUGCAAAGCGGGUACCGCUAGAUGUAAACAUAUUGUCGCCUGUUUGCUUCAUCUCGCUAACACUCGCUUUGUAGAAUAUUUAACAUGUACCAGCUCUCGCCAAGCAUGGGGAAUUAGUAAAAGCGAGAAAACUGAUUUAUGGAAAGCCAAAGUUGUCAGGAAUCUUUGCUGUGCCAGGAAGCAUUCACAACUUGCGGUGAUUGAUCUUGGCAACAUGAGGGAAUUGCUUAAACAAGGCUUUGAUCGUAUUAUGGAUGCUUCACCCGAUUCCGCUGUCAAGAAACACAUCACCGGAAGAGAGCAAACAUGUAAUAGAUUUCCAAUAGGACCACUGCAAACAAAUAAUUUGGACAAGUUUUUGACAAACUAUGAGCUUCGUGAUUUAAUUCAAAUUUCGUUUCAACAUCCUACGCAUUCAAUAGAUAUAAAAUUUGUUUCAGAUGACCAUAAAAUGUUUUAUAAAAAACAUAUAGUCAAAACCUUAUCAGAAAUUGUAGGGAUUUGUAUACAUACCAAGUUGCAAGAUAAUAGCAGCUGGAGGUUACAUCGAUCAAUAAGAAUAACUGGAAGUUCUUGUUAUCAGUUAUAUACUUAUUACAAAAACAAAAACGCAGAUUGGACAAAAAAGAUACAGUUAUACCUAUGUCCCAAAUCUUUGCAUACAAAAGCUAUUCAGUAUGGUAAACAGGUAGAACAGUUAGCAUUAGAUUGUUAUAUGAGGAAACGUAACCCUUUGAUCAAAAGGUGCGGUUUUGUGAUAAGUUUUAUAGAACCAUGGAUAGGUGUAAGCCCUGAUGGUGUAGAUCCUAUGAAUGGAGUACUGCUCGAGAUUAAAUGUCCAUUGCUUGGAGCUGACCAUAAUAUAGAAUGGGUAAUGAACGAAUGUAAAACCACAAAAACAUAUUUACGUAGAACCAACUCAGGGCUUCAGCUGAAUAGGAAUCAUAAAUAUUUUGCACAAGUACAGCUUGCUAUGUAUGUGUUGAAGCUAUAAAUGUGAUUUUAUUAUUUACUCAAAGUUCGAAGAUGAUUUCGCAAUUACAGAAGUUGAUUACGAUGAAGAAUAUGCGUUACAACUAGUAAGUGUAUUGAAAAUCAUCUAUUUCUCAUACAUGUUAUCACAAAUAGUGGGUAGAGUGACUAAUGUUUGUGCAGGUUAAACUGAUAAUUUAAUGUAAUGAACAUUGAAAUACUGGAUAGAAAAUAGAAACUAGUGAACAAAGACCGAGACGAAAACAAAUUUGGAAUUUGGAGUUGAGAUUCAUUGUUGAGGUCAUGUUCGUGUAAUUAUAAGUGAAUGCAAUUUUAAUUUAUAUACUAUACUAGUAGAGCAGAGAAAAGGUACUGGAUAAUGUGUAGAUGACACAUGUCACAUAACCAGAGCCGGAUUUAAGGGGGGGCCCAGAGGGCCCGGACCCCGGGCCCCCACAUUUUUGGGGCCCCCACAAAACGAGAAAAAGUUCUUUUCUCUAUGAAAAAUGAGAUUCAAUCAAAAGUUCAAUUUACAGUAAGAAAAUUUGAACAGACCAUUUCAAUCUGAAACUUUCCUUCAGUGUUAUUUUUUCGCGAGCGCCAAUAUCACAACCACAUCCAUAAGAUUUCACCUUCGAUUCUCUUGGAAUGACACACAUUAACACACCAUUUGAAGCGAACCAGCGCGCAUGGGAAA